AUGAACAACAACAAUUUUUACACGACUCAGCUCGCCCAGGAGGAGGCUCAGCGCCGAGGUCAGCAGCAAAACGCCGGCCGGAACCUGGGCAUGAUCAAUACGACGGGCCUGUCCGGUGUGUCGGACUCACUGGACGAGAUUGUCCGUCAGAACAAUAAUGAGCUUCAACGGAGGAGGAGAAGCAUACCUCAGUCUUUUCAGGGUGGUGCCAUGCUCACAACCGAUGCGGAUCGCCGCCUGUCCAUGAUGGAUUUUGGGAGCCCGGACCAUUACCAGGACUUCCAGUUUGGAAAUAUGAAUUCGCCUCAAAUGGCGGGGUUCGGAGCUAUGCCGACGAGCAUGCCAGGGAGCUCUGGCCCCUAUUCACAGCCUGGACUCAUGGCCAUGUCGGACCAAAACGACUUCGCUUCGCUUUCACCAGACAUUAUGGGCAACAUGAUGGCCUUUUCAAGUCUAAACAUGGAGGCGAUGGGAACCGACCCUGCCUCACUCAACCUCUUUAACUCGCCCGGCCUCGGUCACCAGUACCCUCCCACGACUAUGGAUUCGGUUACGCCUGACUUUUCAAUGGACAUGGGAAUGGGUACCACCCCUUUGACUUUGACGAGCGACGACAUGUCAGGCGUGGAAGACGCAUUUGGCAAUCGCCCUCAGCAGAGACCGCAUAAUCUGACGUUGGACUCUCAGAUGAACCAAUUCCAGCCUAGCAUGCCACCGCCAUUAACACGCGAGAUUUCAGGCACUACAGCCUACCGCUCGCCAGCGUCAGGAACCAGUCACACCUUGUCCGGGAUGGGUGCUGCCCAACCCAGUGCUGUAGCGACAGUGUCGACCCCUCAAGCACCAGCCACCACGGUUGGUCCGGCACUCCCGGACAGCCUACAUGCUUCCAAAGAAAAGAGCAUAUAUUCCAAGAGCGGAUUUGACAUGCUCCGGGCCCUGUGGUACGUGGCAACGCGGAAAAACGCACAGCUUCAAAUUGGUGCUGUGGACAUGUCUUGUGCUUUCGUCGUGUGCGACGUUGAGUUACAAGACUGCCCUAUCAUUUACGUGUCGGAUAACUUCCAGAACCUGACGGGCUACGUUCGCCACGAGAUUGUGGGACAAAACUGCCGCUUCCUCCAAAGUCCCACUGGUAAGGUCGAGGCGGGCACAAAGCGAGAGUUUGUCGAGAACCACGCCGUCUUCAAGCUCAAGAACGCCAUUGCUGAAGGCCGCGAGAUUCAGCAAAGUCUUAUCAACUAUCGGAAGGGCGGCAAGCCCUUCCUGAACCUCCUCACCAUGAUUCCCAUCCCGUGGGAUGACCCCAACACGAUACGGUACUUUAUCGGCUUUCAGAUCGACCUGGUCGAGUGCCCCGAUGCGAUAUCAGGACAGGAGUCAGGGGGUGCCAUGCACGUCAAUUACGUCCACAGCGAUAUUGGCCAAUACAUCUGGACUCCUCCAAGCUCGACGCAAUGGGAGCCCGAAAACGGCCAGACGCUGGCCAUCGAUGACGUAUCUUCCCUUUUGCAGCAGUUCAACCCCAAGGGGGCCGUGUCAGAUUGGCACAGGCAGUCAUGGGACAAGAUGUUGCUGGAGAAUGCGGAUGACGUUGUGCAUGUGCUCUCGCUUAAGGGCCUGUUCCUUUACUUAUCACCGUCGUGCAAGAAGAUUCUCGAGUACGACACCAACGACUUGAUGGGAAACUCGCUGGCAUCCAUCUGCCACCCGUCAGACAUUGUUCCCGUUACGCGAGAGCUCAAGGAGGCACAGGCAAAUGUACCAGUCAACAUCGUAUUCAGGAUACGACGGAAAAAUAGCGGCUACACCUGGUUCGAGAGCCACGGCACUCUGUUCUCCGAGCAGGGCAAGGGCCGCAAGUGUAUCAUUCUGGUGGGCAGAAAGCGUCCAAUCUUUGCGCUAUCAAAACGGAACCUGGAUCAACAUGGAGGUAUCGGCGACAGCGAGAUCUGGUCCAAGGUCUCAACCUCGGGUAUGUUCUUGUACGUUGCGUCAAAUGUGCGCUCGUUGUUGGAUCUUGAGCGCAAAGAUCUCGAAGGCACCAGCAUGCAAGAUCUCAUGCGGAAAGAGUCUCGGGUGGAAUUUGGUCGGACUAUUGAAAAGUCGAGGAGAGGCAAGAUCGCCAGCUGCAAGCACGAGAUUCAGAACAAGCGAGGCCAGGUUUUGCAAGCGCACACGACCUUCUACCCUGGGGAUGCCGAAGAGGGUCAGAAGCCUACAUUUUUGUUGGCUCAGACGAAACUACUCAAGGCCUCUUCUCGCGCGAUUGCUCCUGCUGGCAAGACUGGUGCGUCGGUGGCGAGCGUAUCCGACGAUGGACAACAAAUGACCGGCAUCGUGAUGGGUCACACCAAGACGAUCAGCACUGAGGGCGCCCUUAUCUCUCAACCUGCAGGUCAGCUAAUAGGUGGAACUCAAGAUAUCGCUCUUGCAUCGGAUGACAACAUCUUUGAUGAGCUUAAGACCACGAGAUGUACCAGCUGGCAGUACGAGUUGCGACAAAUGGAAAAGGUCAACCGCUUAUUAGCCGAAGAGCUGGCUCAGCUGCUGUCCAACAGGAAGAAGCGUAAGAGGAGAAAGGGCGGCGGCAACAUGGUUAGAGACUGUGCCAAUUGCCACACACGCAACACGCCCGAGUGGCGGAGAGGACCGAGCGGGCAGAGAGAUCUCUGCAACAGCUGCGGUCUAAGAUGGGCCAAACAGCGUGAUGCACAGACUGGCAGAGUUUCCCCUCGUAACUCAAACCGUGGCGGAGACGCGCAGAGCAAGAAGAGCAACUCCCCCUCCCAUGCCUCUCCGCUGCAGCGGGAGGUCAGCAGUAACUCCACCAAACCAGCCACGACAGACACGCCGCCUACCGAGCCUGGAAGCAAGUCAACGACAGCGACUCCCACCAACGUGCUUACCCCGAGUGACAACGGCAGCAGUGGGUUCCCCACCCCGACGGCCGGUGGAAACGGCAGCAGCAAAACCGGGGCCACCUCAUCCGCCUCCCCCGACAUCAAAAGCGAAAACGGAGGAGGAGGACCGCCGCAGAGCCAGCCGAUGCUCGAGGGCGGCAGUGGUCUCGGUGGCAGCGGCAUGGAAAUGACGUCUAUCCGGGAAGAGCGAGAGAUGAGCGCUUAGGACGCGGUUGUCCCUACUGCUGUUGACCCUUGGGAGAUAGACUGGCAGUAUUAGCCCGAUCUAUAUUUUCAGGCUUUGAUUUGUCUGCUGUUGCUGAACAAUCUUUUUGUCACGAUAUUUUGGCUUGUUUGGCAUGGCCCGGUGGAAAAUGUGUUGCAUUUUUUGCGAAAGAUUUGACAACUCAGGUGUUUUUUCCCUCAUGACAUGAAUCAUUGCGUUGCGGUUGCGUUAUGGGGAAGGGGGGGGAGUUGUUUUGUCUUGUCGGGGGGUAUUACCGACACGGCCUUGAGGAAUAAACAAGAGAAUAUCUCAACUCUUUUUCCAACCACGACAUUCUCACUGUCAUGAUUUUCUUUUUACUGUGGGCUGAUACCCAAAUUCUCUUUGGAACAUUUUCAUCUUGUUUGUUUGUUUAUUUCUCUUCUAGUAGGCGGGGUGUACGUUUUGUUGUUGUUUAUAGGGAGGACAUGGGAUUUUUGUUAUCGUCAUGGUGGUUACUGUUAGGUAUCACACGCACGCACGCACAAACACAUUGUUGUUGUUGUUGAUUUAUCAUUUGAAAAUAUGA